AUCAUAUAUAAAAUAAACCCUUUUCAUGUAAGUAGCCCUUUCAUCAAGAGCACAAGACCCCGGUAAAACCGCGUCGCAAGGGGAGUCCUAGUUGUGCACCAUGUGACCGAUCUCAUCACUUGCUCCUUUUGCAGUAAAGUCUUCCCCACUCAACUCCUUCCUACUCUGCUUCACUUCCCUCUAUGUUCAACAACCUAUAUAUAAUUCGUCACACUGUCUAUCGUCUCUCACACUCUCUCUUCUGUCUCUGUAUGUAUAUAUAAAAAUCUAGUGUUUCUAACUGUAGACCCAGUCCAAGCUUUUAGGUGGAACGAGGUAUUCAGAGGGGAAGGGGAAAGGGAAGCCCCUCAUCGGUUGCAGAAAUGGCUCCACUCAUGUACUUGAGUCUCGGAAAGGUACUCCUGCUUUCCUCUGCUGUUUUCUUCCUCUUUCCUACUCUCCUCCUUUCUGCCCGCUCCGAGUCAGUUGAGACCUCGCAGUUUGUUGCGAGUACAAGGAAGAUCUUGUUAGAAUUAGAAAUCGACCCAGACCAAGACCUGCCCAAAAAGAUCAAGUCCACCACCACCACCACCCAAUCCUCCAAAAACCAGACCAAAUUGAUCAAACCAACCGUGUCAUCCUCAAAAAACAAGACCAAAUUGAUCAAACCAACCUCGUCAUCCUCAAAAAACCAGACCAAAUUGAUCAAACCAACCCUGUCAUCCUCAAAAAACCAGACCAAACUCCUCAAACCCAGUCUAUCCUCCUCCAAGAACCAAACCAACCUCCUCAAACCCAAUCUAUCCUCCUCCAAGAACCAAACCAAGAUUUUGAAAUCCACCAAGAAUGGCGAGUUGAAGAAGCUCAAACCCACAUCAAAACCCUCAAAUUCCACCACACCCACAUCAAAUUCCUCGAAGAAAACCUCAGAUCUAACUAAAAUAAGCUUACCCAAGAACCAAACCACCAAACCCACCACCCCGAAACAAUCCCAAAACCUCGUCGACAAGAAAAAAACCACCGACGCUAAAAAACCCGCCCAACAGAAACCCAAAAAACCAGUCGAACCCAGCUGGAUCGACCAAGAAGACGACACCGAUUUCGUCUCCGACUUCACCGACUUACCCGGCAAAUUCCAGCAAACCCUAAUCCCAGAUUUGGAGAGAAUUCGGACCACCUCGAAGAUUUACAUCACCAAAGCCAACAAACAAAUGACGAACCAGUUCAAGCCCGUUGUCGGUAAGAAGUACGCCGCCACCAUCGCCUCCACCGUGUCGUGCGUCUUCCUGAUUAUCCCUCUGCUGUUAGUCUCUCUCCUCUUCAACCGCAUCAAAGCCUACUUCUCUCUCCAAAAGCUCUUGAUCUUCAUUCAAGUCUACCUCUCCAUCUACUUCUCCAUCCUCUGCCUCUCAGCUCUCGUCACCGGCCUUGAACCUCUCAAGUUUUUCUACGCCACUUCGGACUCCACCUACGUCUGCCUGCAGGUGCUGCAGACGCUCGGCUACGUUCUGUACCUCCUGCUGCUGCUCAUGUACUUGAUUCUGGUUUUCUCGACCGAUUCCGGGUUGGGCUCGAAGGUGUUGGGCUUAGCCCAGACCUUCGUCGGCUUCUCCGUUGGGCUCCAUUACUACAUGUCGGUGUUUCACAGAGCUGUGCUGAGGCAGCCGCCCAAGACCAACUGGAAGGUGCAUGGACUUUACGCCACGUGUUUCCUUGUGAUUUGUCUGUUUGCCACCGCCGACAGGAGGAAGAAGGCUUACUUGGAAGAGGGCGGUGAAGAGAACAAGAAAAGUUAAUAUUUUUGGUGCUGAUUAAAAAUCUGUGGGGUCCAAAAUGGUUAAAACAACCAAUCAAAUUCUUGGUAAACCAAAUCAAAAUAAUAAACCAGUUAAAUUGGUUUAAGAUCUUGUAGUUUGUAACUUUUGUAAUUUUAUUUUAUUUUGUUUUUAGAUUUGCUCGUAGUUAGGGAGAAUUUAUUAUUUAUUUAAACAGAAUCUCAAGUGGCAUGGAAUGAUAGAAUAUGCAAGGAGGAUAAAUUGUUAUAUAUUUGUUGUAUUGCUGUGUUUUAAUCUGUAUCUAAUUCAUGCAUGUAUUAAAAUUAUUCUUAAGGUCA